UGUAUAUGAGUAGAGGGGGUCUCGUGUGCGCGUAGAAGCUGUCGUACUGCAGAUUAUUCAGACACAUUUGACCCCGCGAUCAUAAUGCCGUUGCUCGAUGGGUUAAGAAGCCACAGUGGUGUUGCUGGCAGCGUUAGCCAUGAUGUUUCCCAUGUGGAGGAUAUUCAUACCGAAAGUGUAGGAAAUGGCUCCCUGAGCCAUGGCGCCCGACGGCAGAAGAUCGUGGUUGCGGGAUUGGGAAUGGUGGCUAUUUCGUUCAUUGAGAAAGUCAUCAAGCAAGACGCUGAACGGCGCCAAUUCGACAUCCUUGUGAUCGGUGAAGAACCUCACGUCGCAUACAACCGUGUCGGCCUCUCGUCCUUUUUUGAGCAUCGUCAGAUCGAGAAUUUAUAUCUCAAUCCCAAGGAAUGGUAUGGCUCAUUCCCAGACCGAUCAUUCGAUUACCACCUCAAUACCCGAGUCACCGACAUCUACCCCGACGACAAGACAGUCAGAACUUCUACCGGCGACGUAAUAUCCUACGAUACCCUCGUCCUCGCGACCGGCUCCGAUGCCGUUCUCCCCACACAUACCCCCGGCCACGAUGCCAAGGGCAUCUUCGUCUACAGAACCAUCCAAGACCUAGAGCGCCUGAUCGAAUUCGCAUCCCAUCAUAAGGGCGAGACGGGUGUCACAGUUGGAGGAGGCCUGCUGGGAUUGGAAGCUGCCAAAGCCAUGACCGAUUUAGAAAACUUUGGGAGUGUCAAGCUCAUCGAUCGCAACAAAUGGGUUUUGGCUAGACAACUCGAUGGUGAUGCGGGUACGCUAGUUACGCGGAAGAUUAGAGAGCUUGGGCUUGAGGUUCUGCACGAGAAGAGGGUGCGACUCAUCAAGACUGACGAAGAUAAUAAUGUGACGGGAAUUGUGUUUGAGGAUGGUGAAGAGAUUAGUUGCUCUUGCAUAUGUUUUGCUAUCGGUAUCAAGCCGCGUGAUGAAUUAGGGCCUGGAGCUGGCAUCCAGCGCGCCGGAAGGGGUGGUUUUGCCAUCGACGAGAGGUUACAAACAUCAGUACCCGGUAUUUACGCCGUCGGAGAAUGUGCCAGCUGGGAUAACCAAACAUUUGGCAUCAUCGCGCCCGGUAUCGAAAUGGCCGAUGUUCUAGCUUUCAACCUGACGAACUCCGACAAAGAACCAAAACUCUUCAAGCGACCUGAUCUCAGCACAAAAUUGAAGCUGCUAGGUGUGGAUGUCGCUAGUUUCGGCGAUUUCUUCGCAGACAGAGAUGGACCGAAAUUCGUGCCGGGCCAACGACCAGCUCUCGAAACGGAGCAGAGAAAUGGAGAGGAAGAGCCUGUGAAGGCCCUUACCUACAAGGAUCCGUUUGGUGGUGUCUACAAGAAGUAUCUCUUCACCAUGGAUGGGAAGUACUUGCUCGGAGGAAUGAUGAUCGGAGAUACGAAGGACUACCUCAAACUGAACCAGAUGGUCAAGGCCCAGAAAGAGCUGGAAGUACCUCCCAGCCAGUUUAUUCUCGGUGCUCAGAACGGUGGUGAAGAGAACGCAGAUGAUCUAGACGACGGUACUCAGAUUUGCUCGUGUCACAACGUGACAAAAGGCGACGUCGUUGAGAAUAUCCAGAAUGGCACAUGCAAGUCCAUCGGCGAGGUCAAGUCGUGUACCAAGGCAGGAACUGGCUGCGGUGGUUGUAUGCCUUUGGUCCAGUCGAUCUUUAACAAGACGAUGCUUGAUAUGGGACAAGAAGUGUCUAACAACCUGUGCAUCCAUAUCCCCUACUCGCGAGCUGAUCUCUACAACAUCGUCGCGGUCAAGCAACUGCGAACCUUCGUCGAUGUCAUGAAAGCAGUCGGCAAGAACCCAGACUCUCUUGGAUGCGAAAUGUGCAAACCCGCCAUUGCUUCCAUUCUUUCGAGCUUGUUCAACCAACACAUCAUGGAUAAGGAGCUCCACGAUCUGCAAGAAACAAACGACCGAUUCCUCGCCAACAUCCAGAGAAACGGCACAUUCUCCGUUGUGCCACGAGUCCCCGGUGGUGAGAUCACUGCAGAUAAGCUGAUCACCAUUGGCCAAGUGGCACAGAAGUAUGGGUUAUAUUGCAAGAUUACUGGUGCUCAACGGAUCGAUAUGUUCGGUGCUAAGAAGCAGGACCUUUUGGACAUUUGGACAGCGCUUGUUGAUGUUGGUAUGGAGAGUGGUCAUGCUUAUGCUAAGUCUCUACGGACUGUCAAGAGUUGCGUUGGAACUACAUGGUGUCGCUUCGGUAUCGGUGACAGUGUCGGCAUGGCAAUUCGACUAGAAGAGCGAUACAAGAGUCUUCGGGCGCCCCACAAGCUCAAGGGUGCAGUAUCCGGCUGUGUAAGAGAAUGUGCUGAGGCACAAAACAAAGACUUCGGUCUAAUCGCCACCGAAAAAGGCUUCAACAUCUUCGUAGGAGGCAAUGGAGGCGCAAAGCCCCGACACUCCGAGCUCCUCGCAAAAGACAUCCCACCAGAGCAAGUCUUCUCCGUAAUCGACCGCUACCUCGUCUUCUACAUCCGCACUGCAGACAAACUCCAACGAACAGCCCGAUGGAUCGAGAACCUACCCGGCGGAAUUAACUACCUGCGCGAAGUGGUACUCGACGACAAACUCGGCAUUGGCGCCGAACUCGAGCAACAGAUGCAAGACCUAGUCGACGGGUACUUCUGCGAAUGGACAGAGACAGUUAAGAACCCAGAACGCCGCAAGUUCUUCCAGCAAUUUGCCAAUACGGAUGAAACCGUCGACACCGUCGAAGUCGUCAAGGAGCGUGGCCAAAAGCGUCCCGCGUACUGGCCCAAGGAUGCUCCCACCAACGAAGACUUCAAGGAACACCAGUGGUCCAGCACAUCGUGGCAACCCAUGAUCAAGGCAGACUACUUCUCCGACGAACACCCACAGAUCUCGUCUGCCAACGUCAAACGCGGAGACACACAGCUCGCUGUCUUCAAAAUCAAAGGCAAAUACUACUCCACCCAACAAAUGUGCCCCCACAAACGCGCAUUCGUCCUUUCCGACGGCCUCAUCGGCGACGACGACGCAGGUAAAUACUGGGUUUCGUGCCCAUACCACAAACGCAACUUCGACCUCAACGGUGAACAAGCAGGUCGUUGCUCAAACGACGAAGCCAUGAACAUCGCCACUUUCCCUGUCGAGGAGCGAGAUGACGGCUGGAUUUAUCUGAAACUCCCUCCUGUCGAAGAGCUGGACUCUUUGCUGGGUACGAAGAAGUGGGCUGUGAAGAAGGAGGAGUCUACGGAUCCGUUCCAGAGGAUGGAUAAGAGGUAUAGGGGUAUGAGGGGGAAGAAGGCGGGGGAAAUUGAGAGUAGUGGGCAGAAGGGUGUUCAGACGAAUGUCAUUGAUUGGUAGUGGCUCGUGGUCAUGGU